AUGACAUUUGGUGUUGCCACAGAUUACUUAGGACUUUUCACUUCUUGCCUCAACAAAUUCACAUCACAACAGUUAAUAACUGGAUUGGAAAAGGACGAUUUUAAACCGGUGAAAGAUGAAAGCUGCUGCCUGAUUGAUCAGGGAGAAUUCUCAAAUUUUCUGGAACUGGUAUCAGAAAGACAUUUAUACAGGAUUUUUAUCAGAACUUUCCUGCCCCAAGUGCAGAAAUAUUUCUUUCUCUUCUUUGAAAAUACUGACUAUUGUACCUAUUGGAAAAACAUCCUCUUGAGGCUCAGAUUAAUCUUAUUACAGAGGAACGCCCUCAACUUGAGUGUACCUGCCAUUGAUGUGCUUCUCAAAAGUCGAAGCGCGAACUGGUUCCAGUUGAGUGGACAUCCUGAUACCUUAACACCAGCCGGUCAUGGGACAGUUUGGAAGAAACGGGCUGAUCCUAACGAUGAAACUGAAAGAAUUGUUUAUGAAGAACUAUCAAAAAACCCACUAUUAGCUAGUAUCAUACCAAAAUAUUACCGGGAAGUAGAUUUUCGGGGCGAAAAAUACAUAGAACUUCAAGACUUGCUACAUGGUUUUGAAGAUCCAUUCGUCAUUGAUAUCAAAAUGGGCACAAGAACUUUUCUAGAGUCUGAAGUUAAAAAUACGAAGGCUCGUCCUGACUUAUAUCAAAAAAUGAUAGCAAUAGAUCCAAAUGCACCAACAGAAGAAGAGCAUUUACAGAAAGCGGUCACAAAACUGCGUUAUAUGCAAUUCAGAGAACAACAAUCAUCAUCAUCUAGUCUUGGAUUUAGAAUCGAAGCUAUAAAAUGUCCUGGUUCUCCUCCAGUAACUGACCUGAAAAAGGUGAAAUCGAUAGAUGAGAUUCAAGAAACCUUGAAGCUUUUCUUGAGGGGAAAAGAUGGUGUGAAACUGAGACUAAUACAGAAAUUGUGUAAAACUAGGAAUAUUAUAGACGAAUCUGAAUUUUUCAAAACGCGAGAAGUUAUAGGUAGUAGUCUAUUCAUUAUUUAUGAUGACAAUCGAGAAGGAGUUUGGUUGAUAGACUUUGCCAAAACACAUAAGGUGCCGGAUGGUUUAUUAGUGGAUCACAAAAGUGCUUGGAGUCAAGGAAAUCACGAAGAAGGAUUACUUUUUGGGAUGAAUAAAUUAAUCUGUAUAUUAAAGAAUUUGUGAGUUCGUAUCCGAGCUAUACUAUGACUAGACAUGAAGAACGAAAGGAACCUGAAGGAGAAUGCCUCGAGAGAAAUUGGAAGCUCGUAAGGAACUUCAAUCAAAGUAAAGUGUAGGAGGAAGUGGCCCGUCAGAAAUUUUUUUAUACCAUAGGGGGAACUACAGUUUCAUUUUGUGGAAGAAAUGUAUCAUCCGUUCAGUAAACUUUGUAAAUUGAUUGAAAAAUUAAUAGAAAUUAUCAUCUCACUUGGUAAAACGUUCAAUUUGGGAAAUUUUAAUUCAUUUCACAUCUUUCUGAGAUUUUAAGGAAAUACUAAACUAGGAACUUGUAGGAAUGGCCAAUAGAUUCUUGGAUUAAAAUCAUAUACAGAUCACGAAAAUAUAAUUCCAAUCAUGGGAAAGAAGAGGACAGAAGAAGAGCAAUCGUUCUAAUAGGCCCUUCUGUACCUUCUAGUUCUUGCAAUUCUGCCUCUAAAGUGAAAAUCUCAUCGUUGCAGUUGAGAAAAGCGGAGCACAAUUGGUAUAUCAAAUAUGGAGAGGUCCAGUUGAAUGUGGUCGAAUGAAUAAUUUUUAUCACAUAUAUGUAAUAAAAUUAUUCUCGCACUAGUCAAAUGCAUUUCUUCUAUCCUCUUCUAUUUUAUGGCAUUCCCUAUAUAUUCGGAAAAUUAUUUUCGUAAUCCGUAUAAUUAAUGACUUACCUCGUGUGAUGUGAUGAAAUUCACAAGUUGUAAAAGUAUUUCCUUAGAAGAAAAAUUGUGUAGUCACUUUGGCUAAGUAUUCAGUAUGACAGUAUUUCUUCUAUGUACAGUAUAUUUGAACUCUCUUCUCUACUAUAUUCUUUUGAAAUAGAGCAAUACAAACUUCGUCAAACUAAUUGUUAUGAGUUCAAUUUAAACUAUAUCUAGUCAUUUCAAUUAAUACUUUCGAGUUAUAAAUAUUUAAUGUAUUCGUAAGUAUUCUUUAUUGUAUUAUAUUGUAACGUUUUCGAUUAAUUAAAUUGUUCAAUUUUUCA